CUUUAGAGGUUGAAGAGACUGCUAUGCGUUAGUCAUUGAUGAUUUGUUAUCCUUGCACGGACUCUUGAGCCUUAGAUCACUAAAAAGGUGUACUGGCCGCCUAGUUGUCUUCUCCAGAGCUUGCUUUCAUUUGCUAAUCCUGCGAUUUCCGAGAGGAGGGUGGUUGGUAGCAAGCUAAAAGAGCCGAGGUGGGGGAAGAGACCAGUUGCACAGAAAAAAAAGUUUUAGAGAAUGGCUCCUAAACCAAGGGAAGGCCUGCUGCUAUUGCUUUAACUCCAGCUGGAAAUUCCAGCAAACUUGGGAAGACUGGCCUGGGCACCACUGCCAGCUUGGUGACCUGCCAGGAUCAUGGAUUUUCCUGGACACUUUGAACAGAUCUUCCAGCAGCUGAACUACCAGAGACUUCACGGGCAGCUCUGUGAUUGUGUCAUUGUUGUGGGGAACAGACAUUUUAAAGCCCACCGCUCGGUACUGGCAGCAUGCAGCACGCAUUUCCGAGCCCUCUUCUCAGUGGCAGAGGGAGAUCAGACCAUGAACAUGAUCCAGCUGGAUAGCGAGGUAGUGACAGCGGAGGCCUUUGCCGCACUGAUUGACAUGAUGUACACCUCCACGCUCAUGCUGGGGGAGAGCAACGUUAUGGAUGUCUUAUUGGCAGCCUCUCACCUGCAUUUGAACUCUGUUGUUAAGGCAUGUAAACAUUACUUAACGACAAGGACGCUGCCCAUGUCUCCCCCCAGCGAGCGCGUCCAGGAGCAGAGUGCCCGCAUGCAGCGCUCCUUUAUGCUGCAGCAGCUGGGGCUAAGUAUCGUGAGCUCAGCCCUCAGCUCCAGCCAGAGCGGCGAGGAGCAGCCGGCCCCCAUGAGCUCCUCGCUGCGCAGUAACCUGGACCAACGGACGCCCUUCCCCAUGAGACGCCUUCAUAAGCGCAAGCAGUCCGCAGAGGAGCGGGCCAGGCAGCGCCUCCGGCCUGCCAUGGAUGAGUCUGCCAUUGCUGAUGUCACGCCAGAGAACGGGCCGUCAGGGGUUCAUUCUCGGGAGGAGUUCUUUUCACCCGAUUCCCUGAAAAUCGUGGACAACCCUAAGGCUGACGGAAUGGCCGACAACCAGGAAGACAGUGCCAUCAUGUUUGACCAGUCUUUUGGUGCUCAAGAAGACGCCCAGGUGCCCAGCCAGUCCGACAAUACUGCUGGCAACAUGGCCCAGUUGUCCAUGGCCUCUCGUGCAACUCAGGUUGAGACUAGUUUUGAGCAGGACGCUGCCACCGAGAAAAGUGGUUUUCAGUGUGAAAAUCCCGAGGUUGGCCUUGGAGAGAAGGAGCACAUGAGAGUGGUGGUUAAGUCUGAGCCCCUGAGCUCUCCUGAGCCUCAGGAUGAAGUGAGCGAUGUGACCUCCCAAGCAGAAGGCAGCGAAUCCGUGGAAGUGGAAGGGGUUGUGGUCAGUGCCGAGAAGAUAGACCUCAGCCCUGAAAGUAGCGAUCGGAGUUUUUCAGAUCCCCAGUCUAGCACGGACAGGGUAGGUGACAUCCAUAUUUUGGAAGUCACAAAUAACCUGGAGCACAAAUCCACUUUCAGCAUUUCAAAUUUUCUUAACAAGAGCAGAGGGAGUAACUUUAGUGCAAGUCAGAACAAUGAUGAUAAUAUCCCAAACACUACUAGUGACUGUAGGCUGGAGGGGGAGGCCCCUUAUUUGUUGAGUCCAGAGGCUGGGCCCGCUGGCGGGCCCUCUUCAGCCCCUGGCUCUCACGUGGAGAACCCGUUCAGCGAGCCUGCAGACUCCCAUUUCGUCAGGCCUAUGCAAGAAGUGAUGGGCCUGCCCUGCGUGCAGACCUCAGGCUACCAAGGAGGAGAACAGUUUGGGAUGGACUUUUCCAGGUCUGGUUUGGGCCUCCACUCCUCCUUCUCCAGGGUCAUGAUGGGCUCCCCAAGAGGAGGAGCCAGUAACUUUCCAUACUACCGACGCAUUGCUCCCAAAAUGCCAGUCGUAACGUCUGUCAGGAGCUCACAGAUCCCAGAAAACUCGGCCAGUUCCCAGCUAAUGAUGAACGCGGCCACGUCCUCAUUUGAAAAUGGCCAUCCUUCGCAGCCCGGCCCUCCACAGUUGACCAGGGCGUCCGCUGAUGUCCUGUCCAAGUGCAAGAAGGCCUUGUCAGAGCACAACGUCUUGGUUGUAGAGGGCGCUCGCAAGUACGCCUGCAAAAUCUGCUGCAAGACUUUUCUGACCCUGACGGAUUGCAAGAAGCACAUCCGAGUUCACACAGGGGAAAAGCCCUACGCCUGCCUCAAGUGCGGCAAGAGGUUCAGUCAGUCCAGCCACCUGUAUAAACACUCAAAGACCACGUGCCUGCGCUGGCAGAGCAGCAACCUCCCCAGCACUUUGCUCUAACCCCGACCCUUCGAUGUCGGGCCGGUGCCCGUUGUCCGACUAAGGCGGACGGCUCUUCUGGUUGGUGGUGAACGCCAUCGGGCUUGAGGCUUCCGGCCCCCCGACGGCUCGUGCAAAUUCCGGUGACUAGUAAGUGGAGAAUUCACACGGGGAGCACUUGUGCCGCUGCUGCUUCUCGGAGCGAGAUGCAGGCUUUUGGAGAGGGACAUGAUCCCUGAAACCGAGUUCUUCCUUAGGGCUGAGUAAAGCAGUCAGAAAGUAGUUUGUAAUUCAUGGCGUUAAAAGUGGCACAUUUAAAAAAUUAAAAAUGGAAGUGCAAAAAAAUUUUUUUAGCAAUUUUUGUAAAACUCUGAAGCAUUAAGUAACUUUCCUAUAUCCUCUGAAGAGAAUAUUAUAUACCUGUACAGCGAUGCAGAACGCACUUACGUGUAACCAGUGGCGAGCUUGUGCCUGUCUGAAAGGAGGGCCCUUGAGGACACGCCUGUCCGCCACGAAUGCUUUAAAGUGUAUCAUGAGCUAGGCCUAGGCCUCAGUACUGUAUUUUUAAUUUUCGUCUCCACUGCAGUCACAGGCACUGCACUUUGAUGGUGCUGACACUGGGUCCAGAGCGAGCAUUCUCUGGACUGUUAGGUGUACAUACUUUUGGAAAACACUACUGCUGGCUAGAUGUUUUAACAGUUUUUCCUGGUUUUAAAAACACAGUUGUAAAUGGAGUAUGGACUGUAGGGAGUGGCAAGUAAGGUGUUGUUUCUGUACGUGCUGUUUUAGCGGUAUUUUACCCAACUUGUAUUACAUAUGUUACAGUUCCAUGUUUGGAAGUCAGAGAAGAGCUAGUGUUUGUCUUUGUUCUAAUAAUGUGGAGUCCUGUUUUGUGGGAUCUUUUCAUGGUGCAUUUCACCCUUCGCUGCGUCCAGGCUUUGGGGUCCCGUCCAGCCUGACACAUCUCACCUGCAACAGGACCGCUCUCUGCUUUGCUUCUCCCUGCCCCGCGUGGCAUUCUUGUCCAGGCCUGCAUUACUGUUUUUGUUGCAAAAUAACCAAAAAUGAUGCUAAUCCCUUUCCACCGUGGGUUUAUCACUUUUAUAUACUGUAGUCUUAAAGUCUAGACCCUGAGCUUUUAUCAUUGUUGCCCCAACCUAAGACCAAGAAUGUUUCAAAUUGUUUAAAAUCCAAACAUAGUAGUGUUAUUUCCAGAUAAAUAUUUUCCAGACUUUGUAAGAAAGUUUGGGAGCCCAGGGCAUGGAAGUCACCCAGUAGCACCUGAGACGGAGGACACAGUUGGGCCGCUGCCCGGGGCCUCCGUGGGUUCCGCUGCCUCGCUUCUCAGGGCUGCCAGUGGCACCUGUGCAAAGCCGAGCCCGGGCGCAUCCGGGGGUCUCUGGAGAGCUCACGGAUUCCGUUUAAUUCAUGCACGAACAUGAGUUCAUGUUUUACACAGCUCUUUCAGAGACACCAAACCACUAUGCGUAAUCAAAAGAAGUCCUUCGGUUCUUACUUAGAACUGUUUAGAAAUCAAAGUACGUGUAGCCCAAAACAAUCAGCAUGCGUUUUCUCCCCUUAAUCUAGUGUGUGCAGUUACACAUCUGUCUGUGGAUAAACUCAUAUUGUUCAUAGUCAGGCUUAGCACCUCCUGUGAGCGGAUUCCCAGGGAGGAAAGCCAAAAAGGAAACUUCUGUGAUUCCUCUCCUUUCCAGCAGACGUGGGAAAGAGACUGCUGGAGGAUAAUGGGAUCACAUGUGAAAUGCAGUUGUGUGUGCGGCUGUUGUUAGAGUCGUGUUCUGAUUGGAUGUGGGGGGGUUCCUCAUCUACCCCUAUACUAGAUGUGGGGACCAGCGUCUUAUGGGAAGAUUAACCUUGGGGGGCAGGUGGGUCAAGGUGGAACACAAGAGAGUCCCUGCCUGGGCCUGGGGAGAGGAGCCAGUGGCAGCGGGAAGAGCAGGGGUACUCUCCUUCCUUCUCUUCCAUCUUGGGGGGGAGGGGCCGGGCGGCUGCGCCUCACCUCAGUUCAGCCUCAGUGGACCUGGCUUUAGGGCCUGUCUCUGAUACAGCGCCUGGAGCCCCGCCUCUCCACUGCUAGAUGGAGUCUGGAAUCUCUCAUCUACCUCUUAGUUGAUCGGUCUCUACAUGUGAGAAGCAAGCUUUUGGGCCAGUGUCCUCAUACAUGCUAUAAAACUUAAAAAUAAUUCAGAGGUUCCCUGCAAAACCAGUCUCAGGGUUCCUGUGAUCCGUAGUUUCUACCUGAAUUAGAACUGGUUUUGGGUACCUGAAUUUUGAUUGGUUAGCCUUAAUUAUAGCCUGGCAUGGUCAUUUCUGGUGGGCAAGUCACAAGGUUCUAUCAGGGCACCCAAGUCAGUGGUGCUAUGCUGGUCAAAAUUUGAGAUUUUGAAAUAAAAAAUUUG